AUGACAUUUCAAAAAGGUGUCGUAACCUCAGUCGUGUACACGCUGAGCUUCCACAUGGCCACUUUUGUCUUUGCCUGUCUACUCGCGACCAUGUUUGCCUUUUCUUUGUCACUGUUGCUGCUUCUAGUGGGUUUUUUACUCGUUGGAUCGUUACCAGCUGCUCGGAAAUUCACGUGGUUUUUGUGGCGGACGGAGAUGGCCCUUAACGCGCUCGUAGCGACUAAAAACGAGCUGGAACCAGUGCUAAGACGACGAAAAUCAAGUAUCACAAAUCAACGUGUAGCUCAUGACACUGCAGGGUCACAGCAACUGGAACAGGGACCUGUGAUGGAGGAAUUUACAGAUGUCGUGAUAUGGCUGUCGCUGUUUUACUUUUUAGGGGUUAAAUGGAUCUUAGACUUGAUUUUUAGUGCCGUGCCGUUGAUACUGUGGAUAGUGAGUAUUGCUCAAGUGCUACCAAAAGAUGUGGGGCUUUCGGAUGUGAAGAUUGUGUCGACGAUGACGCUACCUGCUCAGGUGCUCAUGGCUAUGGCUUUCGCCUUUUUAGCACAUCAAAUAGGAGUGACCUCAGCACGAGGACUUGUGUUUGUAUCGAAAAACGUGUCGCGAGUGGUUUUUUUGAGAAGUGAGAGUGAAGACAUGAGAGUGCAAGUGACAUUUCGAUCUCCCAUUGCGACACAGAUGAAGAAGAUGAGUUCGGGUGGAGAUGGUGCUUCGAGUAGUUAUGGGACAAUGGAUGGAAAACACUUGCAUUCACGACAGGGAAAUGAUAGUGCGUCAAAGUCUACUCAGAUGCCGUCAGCUAGAGCUUUGACUAGAAAUUUGAAACAAUUGCAGUCGUCGGAAGAUGUUACAUCUAGUUUCUCUAGCCUCACAACAUCAACGGCUACCCCGGUGACAAGUGCUUCUGUAUCACCUUCAUUAAUAUCGGCUGAAACGGCAGUUCCUUCUUCUGUAUCAGAUCGUUUAAACUCUGCUUUUCUUAUGUCGUCGAGUGAAGAUUCUCGAAAGAGAGCGCCUAUCCUUUCGUCUCGAGUGCGAAGCCGACCCAGCACUCUGGUGGAUAACCGAUUGCGCGCCGUUAGUGAUAAUUCUGAUCAACCAGACAGGGCGAAGUAUAAUGAACGAGAGGAUAAGCGAUCAGUAGGUAUUGCGCAUGUAUCCGAGAAUGGCUCCACACACGACAUUAGCGACGUUGAAGUUCUAGGUCGCUGCGACAGGAUCACACGAUCUUACGAGGAUGAUGACAUGGCAACCAUGCGAGUGUAUGCACCACUCACUUAUACGGAUAGUCCCCCUCGGCACAUCGGUCUAAACCCGAGUCCAAUAUAUCGCGGUCCGUCAGAGCAAGUAGACUACGAUAGCUUUUCGCCCAUAAAUUCCCCCAGCAGAAGUGGUGUCAGCGGUGACUCAUUUGGAGACGACCAUGACUACGACGUGUUGUCGCCGCAGAAUAGCACUUACGACGCCGAUAUUCCAACUUACGAUUUCAAGCAGAUUUAUCGCUCAAUCCAAAUGGCCGCAGAACCUGAGACUUACCACUCAGCGGCGACGGAAGAAGGUGGUAUAGAUGCGGUAUCAGAAUUCAGAGAAGUUUCUGGUCGUCGGGAUCGCGUCAACUUUAGUGCUUUUGCCCCACCGAGUGUGUGCCCGUCGUCCAAACCGUUUCAAUUUACUGUAUGGGCUUUUCUUCUGAACCAGCAAUUUGAAAUGCAGGAGCUAGCUAAAAGCGACCAUUUGGAGUCACGAAAGCUGUCGCUAGAAACAAAGCUUAAUGUUCGUCGCGGUGCCCUUGUGCACGUGACGAUCGAAGUACCAAAUGGUUUUAAGGUGCUAAACGAUGUAACACAGGGUUUUGCGUGGGAAGGUGAAAUGUCAAACGUUUGCUACGACGUGGUUUGCACGGACGGUGCUGCAUUUGGGCGUGUCUUGUUUAAAGCUCACAUUAUUGUCGGUUCUUCUGUCGCUGUGCUUAACGCGUUUGUUUUGGUUGGAUCACGUGCAUUGGAUCCUAAUGAGCUAGAAGCUGAUGUGCUGGAGGGCUGGGUGGAUGUGAUGGAACAGACAUACCGGGAGAUUCCUUUCCAUUCGCUGAAGAUGAAGGAGCUUGUAGGUCAAGGUUACUUUGGUGACGCGUACCGCGCAUCAUUAGAUGGCCAAGAUGUGGUGGUGAAAACCAUUCGCGCUAGUGAGUUCGGUGAAACUACCUGUCAAAUCGUACGUGAGUUCCAGCACGAGGCCGCCAUGUUGAACAUGUUUGGUCACCACCCUUGCAUUGUGCCAUUUGUGGGUGCAUCUACCGAUACAAGUUUUCCGCUAGCGUUGGUGACAAAGUAUCUACCAUACGGCAGUCUGGAAGAUAACUUGCGUGGCGAUUCUUGCUUUUCUAUCGAUGAACGCACUGGAAUGCUGAAGGACGCUGCUGCAGGUUUACUGAAUAUUCACGAAGGCGGCUUCAUCCACCGUGAUCUUGCCGCGCGGAACUGUCUCGUGGAUCAAGGUAAUCAUGUACGCAUUUGCGAUUUUGGCCUUUGUCGCCAAAGUGUACGAUCCGAGACGGUCGGGAUGCUUAUAAAAGACGCGGUAGGGCCUGUCAGGUACAUGGCACCUGAGUCGCUUCGGCCACCUCACCCGUUUACGUAUGAUACGGACGUGUACAUGUUCGGUGUAUUAAUGUGGGAGACGUAUACAGGCUCAACACCUUUUCCGUCGCUGACUCCUGUCGAGGCCAUGAUGCACGUCCUACGAGGUGAACGACUUCCUAUUCCAAAGGAGCUCCCAGAAUCCCUCCGGACGCUUAUGCAAAGCUGCUUCCUCGAUUCGCCCGCUGAACGUCCGUCCAUGCAGGAAGUGCUCACUGCGUUGAAUGCUUCGUUAGUCUCGAGCCAACGCGCAUCAGUAGCGAUUGCUGCUAGAACCGCUACUGACACAGCUGCUGCCACAGCUACUGCCACUGCUGCAACCGCUACUGCCAUGUCGAAGUCAGUCUCGUCAUGGACAAACUUGCACAAGCAGCAAGAUCGAUCCAUUUGGUUGGAAAAAUGUAACAAGCCAUAA